AUGAAACUGCCUAAGAGCUUUACCAGGCGGAAAUCGUCCGGCAAUGUUCUAGAAGAAGACGUGGAACCCCCUCACCAAUCCUCCUUUCGAGUCUUCGAGCGCCCGGGGCCUCAUCGAUCCAUGACGGAUGGAGCGGUACUGACCAAGCCACUGAGUGAAGGUCAUACAGUACCGUCGAUGGAGGAUUCUGAUAACAUCUUUGCGGAGAGGCAGCGACCCCUGGACAAGAGCCGGUACGAUCGCCCCUCGACCAUGGAUUCUCUCAGGAGACGGCUGACUGGGAACCACGAUAGUGGUAACUACGAAAGUUCUACGUCAACCAGGCUGAGCUCGUCAUCCACCCUCCCCUCGUCGACCGAAGUCCCGCCGCCCGACGAGACCCAAUCCCCGCAUUCCAGAAUCCAUGAUGUUCCAGCUCCGCCACUCACGAGUGCACUGCGCGCCGCAGGACGAACCUUCUCGUUCGGUGGUCGAUUCAGCAAGUCAGGACCGCAUGUUCCUCGCCAGCAAACACCAGAUGCCGCAAAGAAUCGCCCGAUGACGGGCAGCACCGACAGCACGGCCACUCCACCCAAGCUGCCCGAUACAGACUUCGCUCUCACCUCGCAUGACGAUUUCAAUACGAUGUUUGAUAAUAUGGGUACACGAGAGGGUUCAGCAAUGCGGGGAGCAUCCCCUCACCCGGCCAAGUACUCCUCGUCUCCCCCGACGCAUGUUCUUCCCGAGUUCCAAAACAGCAGAGCUGCCCCACCCGCUGCGAUUAAUACAGAUCGAUCGACUGCGGUCGAAUCACCCCCUUACUCUUGGGAUCGUCGCCCGUCCGAGGAGGGCUUGCUACGUGGCCCGCAUUCUCCACCGCUGAACCAGAGCCACUCCGCCCUCGAUACAGUUGUUGGAUUCCGGAAGCUUUCGCCAUCUCCCAACCAGUUUGCCGAGGCCACUACUUCACAUCGUUCCUUGGAGCGCCCGCGCGGGACGGAGAGAGGAGGACUGCGGAGGAGUGGGAUAUAUUCGGCCAAGGGGGAAUCCGCAACUUUUGAUGAUGAAGAUGCCAAAAUGGUCCGACAAUCUGUCGUAUUCGGCAAAGAAAGCACUUCGCCGUGGGCUGAGGGUAGCCCCUCUGGUGGAACCCCGUUGAUUGAUAAAGGCAAAGCACCCAAUUACUCUGGUCAAGUGAACCCAGAACCUGAUAAUAUGUUCCAAUACCGCCGUUCGCCCGCUCCGGCCGACAGAUUGGACCCCUCCAUUGCGGAUCACGCGCGGUUGGCUGUGCAGUACACGGAUAGCCUUCCAAAGUCAACCUCUCCGGGCAACAAGGUGAUGACUCCAUCUCAGUUCGAGCACUAUCGCCAGCAACAAGAACUUCGACGUUCCAACAGCGAUGCGACUAGGAGUGAUGACGAGUCUGAUCACGAGGAGUCUGAUGAACAAGAUGAGGUGGAGAAGCAGCGUGAGACGGAACGUCAACGACGAAAGCAGGAGGCUCAUCUCUCUGUUUAUCGUCAGCAAAUGAUGAAAAUCACAGGUCAACAAGCCCCCGUUCAAUCGCUACGUCCGGUCAUGAGUGGAGCUAGCAACAGCACGCCCAACUUGAACCCCAGUCGCCUGUCUGUACUAGGGGCAAAGUCCAACAGUGGGAAGAGCAGCGAGGAAGAGGAUGACGAUGUGCCACUCGGUAUCCUGGCCGCGCACGGUUUUCCCGGUCAGAACCGCCCACCAACCCGCCUGAACAAUGUCAGCUCCAAUCCCAACCUCCGUGCAUCCAUGCAACCGCCGUAUAUAUCAUCUUCCAGCUCUGUUUCAGGUGUAGACCCCAACGGCAGCCGGGGUAGUCUGCCACCUUUUGCCAGGAACUUGCCGCGAGAUCCUUAUUUCGGUGCAGGUCUGGUUAACAACGCCAACCGUGAAUCGUUGGCGUUCGGAGGUGGUUCAGUAUAUGGAGGAUCUUCGUCCCCAGCGCCUCCCCCUGGAGGUCUCGUCGGUGUUAUAGCAAAUGAGGAGCGGGCGCGCGCGAUGCGCAGAGGAAGUCCGAACACACAAGCAAUGCACGAGAUGGCAGGAUUGCCUCGGCCAUACUCGAUGAUGCCGCAGCAACAGCAGCCGCAGCAGCAAAAUAUUACCGCUGGGGAACAGGCUUCUAUCCAGCUAUCGCAGCAGAUGGCCACCAUGAUGCAGAUGCAAAUGCAGUGGAUGCAGCAAAUGAUGCAAAUGCCAGGUGGGCAGGGUCAACCCAUGAUGCAAGGCAUGCCAAUGCCUCCUAUGAUGAUGCCUGGUGGAGCAAUGAACACGCCUCCCAUGGGCCCCCCAUCUAUAUCGGGACCUCAGUCCAUAGCCGGCAACCCGAACUUGCGGCCGAUGUCCAUGCCUGCAACAUCCGUUCUCAAUAUGCCGCCCUCGCUGCCCAACAUCGAUCAGCGUACGAUGAGCAUGUUAGACCCCAACAUUUCAACUCGUAGGACUGGCUCGCCCAUGCCGAAUCUGUCCGGCACCCCAUUCCGCCCCAGCACCGGAUAUGCUGCUUCAAUCGCUCCGUCAGAGCGCAGCAAUGUCGGCAUGGCGCCUCGUUACCGGCCAGUGUCCAUCAUGCCGUCCGAAUCGAAUUACGCAGUGGCAUCCUCAACAAACAAGCCUUUUGGUGACGAAAACCACAACCCGUCCAUGCCGUUGCCUCAGUCUCACAUUCCGAAAUCGCAUCUCGCCACUGUGACCGUCCGACCCGUUUCACGGAGCAAUGACCUUGAAAAUAAAAAGCCCGCCCCCGAAGAUGAAGAGGAUGACGACGAGGCCUGGGCUGACAUGGUGAAGAAACGCGAGAAAAAGAAGAGCAACUGGAAGAUGAAGCGAGGGACGUCUUCGUUCGGGGAUCUACUGAGCGCUGUGCACUAA